UAAAUUUAAUUAAUAAUUUCGUAACAUAAAUUAAAUUAAUAAUUUCGUAUCAUAAAUUAAAUUAAUAAUUUCGUAACAUAAAUUAAAUUUAUUAAUUAAAAUUCCAGAAUGCGUGGUCUUGCAGACUAUAUGCGUCCGUGCCCAAUCAUAGCUAAUGUUCUUUUAGUUGUACGCAGUAGCGGCCGCGAAAAAGGCGGUUAACCUUAUCUCCGAUAAGUAUGCAUGUAAGACGCAGGAUCGACAUAGGUAAUCGGUACUUGGAAAGGAUCGACCUUUCCGAGGUUGUCGAUCUCUCGAGCUCUGUGCUACCACUUGUGGUCUCAGUCGAACAAGUUUGCCCGGGGCUCGACUCGUCGGUUGUGUAACCCACGAAUUCGACCUACGCGUGUGGCGAAUCCGGGCGAACAAUAAAAAUGCAAUAAUAUGGGGAUUGCGAUACUAGAAAGUGCUUUCUGCGAGGAUCGUCCACGAGCGUCCGGAUUGGUCGGAGGAUGGCGUGGGACUGGCCCCGGCUGCCCUUAAAGACCCCUCCAGAUCGGAGGACCAAUCAUUUUAUUACGAUUCACAUGUGCAAGAGGGUCACCGAAGACGAGGACAAGUGUCAUUGGAGAAGAGGAGAUGAUUGGAUUAAGGGAGGUCGUCCUCGCAGUUUUUCUCGUCAACGUGGAUGCUCGUGCCACGGACUUUCAGAGCUUCCAUAGCAGGAUUAAAAGGCAGAAUGGUCCUUCUCAAAAUGGCCAAUUUGUUGACAGUAUCUUCAAUAUACCUAUCACAGCUAUCCAACAGACAGCUGCAGCUGCACAGGCAAUCUCCCCUGACAACACCGCUACGAUCAACAGUGUUUUCCAAAUUCCGGUAGCAACAUUACAAGCAGUUGGUAAUCUCGUGAAAAACACGUCUCCAGACAGACGCCAAGAGACAAUAGACGAAAUCCGCCGACGCCACCUAGAGAAGAAAGACAGAAUUUCGGACCAAAGGCUUCAAAGACAACAACAAAGGAUUAUCCGGCAUUACCAUAAUGAUCCAUUUGGAUUAAAUUCGGUAUCUAAUUGGUUGGUCGGUAACCAUGGGGUAUUUGGGGGCAUAGGGGACAUUUUCGGCGUUGGGGGGAUCCAUCAAACUUUGGGAAGCCACUUUGGUGGCAGCCAUGGUGGAUUUGGAGAAAUCUUUGGAGGUCAUGGAGGCCAUGGAGGCCAUGGGGGAAUUCUUGGAAGCCACAACGGGGGACACGGUGGAAUUGGCGCCAUUCUUGGAAAUCAUGGUGGCGGACACGGAGGUCAUGGUAAUGGAAACGGAGACAACAAUGGCUACGAAGUAUGGGAGGAAGUUGACGAAGGACCGGGACAACAAAACUUCUUCAGCUUGGGAAAUUUCUUCCUCCCGCAAUCAUCGCAAUUUGAAGAUAAAAUUCAGAACAAGAUUGCCCCCAAGGAUGUUAACAGAAGUGAACAAAAAGUUCGGGCAGAAAGGCUGAAACACGAGGCCGUUGAUAACACAUCUAGGCGUCCCAGGAACAAGGUUGCACCGAAAAAUGACAGAAUUUCAUGGAAACAACGAUAAACAAUAUUGCAAUUUGACACCAAGGGUAAUACAAAAUAUGAACCUGCAAAGUGGAAAUAUUUUCGACUUUGUAUCGUAUAGUUUCCCAUUAGAAUUAUAUUUCUUACGCUUCUUGCAGUUGAAUCAAUAUGGAAUACAAUAAUUGUUGCACUAUUUUAAAUCUGCAAAAAAUCAGCUUGAUUCUAAUCUUGUUCAAGACCGUUCGAAUUACUUUCUAUAUUUAAUGCAAGAAGCUAUUUUUUUCCGAGCUCUACAGUAAUUCAUUUGUACAGAUGUUCAAAUUUGCAAAGAAUUAUUGUUAUACUUCUCAUACCUAUAAUUUUACAGGGGAAUGUGAUAUUCAACGUUUCUUAAACGUAACAAUGUAAAUAAGAUCUGUACACCAUUUCCGAAUUCAUAGACUUUUAUAACAUCUGAUGAAGGUCCGUUUAAUAAUGAAAAAAAAGACAAAUUGGAAAUAAUUCUAAUCUACCUGGACUGUGAAAGACGUAGAAACAUUUUUACGUAAUCACAGAAGUCUGUGAAAUAGAUUAUGUAAAGGCAUAAUUACACACACUGCUUCGUCUAAUGACAGAACCUUACAAUACCGAAUGAUGUAUAGUCGAAACUAUUUUCGUGAUAAAAAUGGACAAAAUUGCUUCCUGAACACAAGUUAACAAAUAUUUCAAGUAAAUAAAAAACCGCACUUACUUGCGAUUAUCGCUUUACAAAAUUAUUAUCGAUUUUGAAAAAUAAUAAAAAAGAAUGAACAAUUUGUUUAAUUCACUAUCGACUUGACUAAAUGACUAUUUUUUAAAGAAUACUUGUAUUUGAAGUAUUGAAAAUGACCAAUCAAUGAAUUCCAAUUACAUAAGAAAUCUAGCAAUGUUAUUCUACACCGUGAUAUACUUAUUACUGCACCUUAUCAGGGUUAAUAUGUGAUGUACUAGCUGUUGCAGGGUUACUAAUUACUUUUAUCUCUUUGCAAUCAAGGAUUAUUUUACACUGUACAUAAAGAGCGAUAACGAGUUUCAAGAACCUUUUAAUAACUGGUCUCGCGUUUGCGCAAUAUUUUUCAAGAGUUUUAAAUAUAUAAAAUAGUACUAUUUCACAGGGUUAAUAUGUGAUGUACUAGCUGUUGCAAAGUUACUAAUUAAUUUUAUCUCUUUGCAAUCAAGAAUUAUUUUACACUGUACAUAAAGAGCGAUAACGAGUUUCAAGAACCUUUUAACGACUGGUCUCGUGUUUGCGCAAUAUUUUUCAAGAGUUUCAAAUAUAUAAAAUAGUACUAUUUUAUAUUCUCAACCAGUCGAGCGUUCUUAUCACAAUGAUCUUGUUAGUCGCUAAUAACAUCAUUAUGUUUUAAGGAAAGCAUCUUAAAUCUAAAUAGCGUUUAAGAGUACCUAUCUACCGCUCAAAGUUCGAUUUUUUCACUACGACUUCUCCACAUUUGAUAGAGUCUUAACAGAGAAACAGAGAAGGAGACAGAGUCUUAAAAGCCUCGCUUGACUUACUCUAAGUGACAUAUAUAACAUAUUUUUCAUAAAAACUGACACUUUUGAAAUCUCCUCUAAAUUUGAUGAUGAACAAUUCCUUAUGAAAUUUUAAAAUAUAGCCAGAGGAAAAUAAGUCCUACCAAUUUUGUGAGUCAAUUAUUCCUGAUUUUAUUCGUCGUACUAAUUUUUUGGAUUUUUCUUUGAUUUUUGAGGAGGAGAGUUUCUUGAUAACUGUACGUACUAGAGGAAUUAGCUCCUCUAAAUUUGAUGAUCAACAAUUCCUUAUGAAAUUUUAAAAUAUAGCCAGAGAAAAAUAAGUCCUACCAAUUUUGUGAGUCAAUUAUUCCUGAUUUUAUUCGUCGUACUAAUUUUUUGGAUUUUUCUUUGAUUUUUGAGGAGGAGAGUUUCUUGAUAACUGUACGUACUAGAGGAAUUUGCUCCUCUAAAUUUGAUGAUCAACAAUUCCUUAUGAAAUUUUAAAAUAUAGCCAGAGGGAAAUAAGUCCUACCAAUUUUGUGAGUCAAUUAUUCCUGAUUUUAUUCGUCGUACUAAUUUUUUGGAUUUUUUUUUUAUUUUUGAGGAGGAGAGUUUCUUGAUAACUGUACGUACUAGAGGAAUUUGCUCGUACAAAGAAAUGAGGAAUAAAAAUGAUAAAACCUUGUACUUUAGCAUUGACAUAUGUGUUUGUGCUCAACAAUGCAAAUGACGAAGAUUGUCCGUUGUGUUGCGAUUACUAUAAGCCGUAUUGCCAUUGUAGUCAUACGUGUAAUGUCGUAAUAAACAGGAUUUUUCCUUAGACCAUUUCCUAUUAAUAUACGUCACUGAUCACUUCC